AUGCCCCCGCCGGUACGCACACUGGCCACGAGCUCGUCGGGAUCGUCGAGCUCGGACGCGCGUUCCACGCUGCCGAUAGUCGAGAUCGCCGUAGCAACCCCUGGCGCUUCUCUGACGAGGGCGUCCUCGCCCUUGGGGUCCUCACCGCCCUCAUCAUGGCCGCCUUCAUCGCCACCACUAUCUGGUACGCCAUCCGCCAGUGAGCUCUCACGGCCCAAAUCACCGCCGAUCCCGUCGCCCACGCCGUCUACUCUCCCUGCCGCUCCUUUCCUUCGUUCCCGGGAGAUCGAACGCCGCCUUCAUCUUUCCUCCCCUCCACCGCCCUCUUCAACCUCUUCUGUGGCUCUCGCUUCAAGUUCCAAUGUCCCGAGUCGUCGUCGCGCCAAGGAGUUCAACCCCUUCGACGCGAUCGAUCCCAGCGCCUCUCGUAAGUUUCACACCAGAAUUCAUAUCUUCGCCCAUGUGCAAGCCGAUGGCAAGUCUAGCUUCUUAAAUUUCCAAAGUACGCCGCCCACUGCAUCCCCGUCCGCGACUACUAACGCGGACCUUAGAGCUCCCCGCCGUCCCCAUCGACCACAAGGAUUGCGGAGCGGUCGCGACGACAACCAUACCAUGGGGAAGUUCAGACCCCAGGUGUACUUGUAA